AUGGCAGGGAUAAUGCGACUCUCAUGGCUAUUCUGCGUACUCGUAUUCUUUCUGGUGGGAUUGCAAGGAGACCCGAGUGACCCAGCAGACAGCCGAAGCAAAAGAACAAUUAGCAAUGACCAGCCUCGCAUGCUGUCAGAUAAUGGUCACCUUGUCUUCACAACUGGUGACAAUAAAGAGAUCCGCUUCCAGACCUCGGCAUCAGGCCGGGUUAAAGUGGAUAAUGAAGACCUCACCCAACUCUUGGUUCAGAUUAAAACCAACAAAGAUGACAUCGAUGACAUUAAGUCUCAUGGAGGAGCCAUCCCUCCUGAUAUCACCAACAAGCUAAACCAGCUUGAUACUAAGGUGUCAGCACUUGAAAAUAAAGUUGUUACACUUGAAGAGACAGUCCAGAGGGAGUCUUGCAGCAGUAAUCCCUGUCAGAAUGGAGGAACAUGUCUCAACUUAUUAAACUCAUAUCACUGUGUGUGUCCCAACAACUGGGGGGGUGCUAACUGUGCAACAGAUGUAAAUGAAUGUCAGGUCUAUUCAGGGACAUCACAAGGCUGUCAGAAUGGGGGAACCUGUGCCAACACCCCUGGAUCAUUCACUUGCAACUGUUCUCCAGAAUGGCAUGGGAUUCUCUGUACUCAGCGCUAUGAUGACUGUAGGAAUGCAGGAGACUUGUGUGUACAUGGGUUAUGCAUUGAUGCAGAUCGAGUUGUAGCUGGACAGCCUAAAUAUCAGUGCAUUUGUGAGAGUGGCUGGGAAGCUCCAGCUGGGAACCCAGCCUGCGUGGCUGAUGUUGAUGAAUGUAGCCUUCCUAACAAGCCUUGUUCAACCAACCCUGUUGUGCCGUGCUUCAACACUCAGGGAUCCUUCUACUGUGGAACCUGUCCCUCUGGCUGGCAAGGCAAUGGUUACAGUUGUCAAGAUGUGGAUGAAUGUUUGACCAAUAAUGGUGGCUGCUCCACCACUCCAACGGUGCAGUGCUUGAACACCAUGGGCUCUUUUCACUGUGGUCCCUGCCCACCAGGCUAUGAGGGAAAUGGGAAAACAUGCACACCAACUAAUAUCUGUGAUGCUAACAAUGGAGGCUGUUACCCACUAGCCACUUGCUCCUCUAGCCCUGGAUCCAGUCUUCCCGUAUGUACCUGUCCACCAGGCUACACUGGCGAUGGUUAUGGACCAACUGGUUGCACCCAAACCAGCAACAUCUGUCAGACCAGCAACCCCUGUGUCAACGGACAGUGUGUGGACACCACCUCAGCUCCUGGCUACAUCUGUACCUGCAACUCUGGCUGGGAAGGAAUACACUGUGACCAGAAUGUAAAUGAAUGCUCAAGCAACCCCUGUCAAAAUGGAGGAACAUGCACUGACGGCAUUAAUGGUUUCACAUGUACUUGCACUGCCCAGUGGACUGGCCAGUUCUGUCAGACUCCUCAGCAAGUAUGCGGCGGUUACCUGACUGGCCCUGCUGGUUCCUUCAGUUAUCCUAACACUCCAGGUCAUGAUGAAUAUGAUCACCAGGUCAGCUGUGCAUGGGUGAUCCACACUGACGCAAACAAGAUUCUGCGCAUUACCUUUCCUUUCUUUGAUCUGGAGAACAGUGCCAACUGCAACUUUGACUUCCUUCAGAUUCAUGAUGGGGACAGUGCUUCAGCUUACAUGAUUGGAAAAUACUGUGGCCAGAAUAACCCACAGGAGCUCUAUAGCUCCCAUAAUUCCCUGUAUUUUUGGUUUCGCUCUGAUCAUUCUAUCAGUGCUGGUGGCUUCACAGUUGCUUGGCAGUCUCAGGACCCAGUGUGUGGAGAGGAACUAACUGCCCCCUAUGGCAGCAUUAACUCACCUGGUUACCCUGGAAACUACCCACCCAGCCGGGACUGCUACUGGACAGUAACAGUGGAUGCUGGCCUCCUCAUUACCUUUGCAUUCGGGACUCUAAGUCUUGAACAUCAUCCUGACUGCAACUAUGACUUCCUAGAGAUUCGGGAUGGCCUUCUACCUGAAGACACAGUUCUAGGAAAAUACUGCAGUACUGCAUCUCCACCCCCCUUACAGACCACUGGCCCAACUGCAUGGAUUCACUUCCACUCUGACUUCUCUGUCUCUGACCGAGGUUUCCACAUUACAUACACAACAUCACCAAGUGACCCUGGUUGUGGUGGGACUUUCACUGAUAGUGAGGGCAUCAUCAUUUCCCCCAACUGGCCCAACAACUAUAACCACAAUCGCCAGUGUAUCUAUUUGAUCAGGCUGCCAGAAGGUGAGCAGGUGGCCCUCAACUUCACGAACAUGGAUCUGGAGAGUCACAGCAGCUGUACUUUUGACUAUGUGGAGGUUCGUGAUGGGAGAAUGGAGACGGAUCCUCUGAUAGGGAAGUACUGUGGAAGUUCACUGCCAGGUCCUAUUUCCUCAUCGUCUAACUUCCUCUGGAUUCGCUUCAAGUCUGACAGCUCAGUCAGUCGAGCUGGAUUUCGGGCUGUCUACACAGUUGCUUGUGGAGGUACUUUAUCUGGAAGUGGGCAGUUUCACUCUCCCUACUACCCAAAUGCUUAUCCCCAUAACAAGGUCUGCGAGUGGGUCAUUAACCAGCCAGAGGGUUAUGUGGUCACCCUUAACUUCCUGUCGUUUGAUGUUGAGGGAGCCUCCUGUCAGUAUGAUUUUAUUGAGGUCAGGGAUGGAGCCACAUCAAGCUCUCCUCUGCUGGGGACAUUUUGUGGUAUUGAGAUUCCCCCCAGGCUCCAGUCUACUCAGAGAUCUAUGUAUAUUAAAUUCAAGACCGACUCCUCUGUCAGCAACCAUGGCUUCGAAGCAGUCUACGACUCUGCCAUAGAGGGCUGUGGUGACACUUUGACCAGUCCAUCUGGCACCAUUACAAGCCCUGGCCACCCCAGCAGCUACCCCCAUGGUGCCAAUUGUACCUGGUACAUCAGUGUUAGCCCAGGCAACCUGAUUCGGCUAACAUUUGAAUCAUUCAACUUGGAGUAUCAUGCUAACUGUAACUUUGAUUAUCUGGAGGUCUAUGACAAUGGCACCGUGGAGACCGGAAACAAGAUCGGCAGGUACUGUGGUCGUUCGGUGCCUCCAUCCAUCACGAGCACUGACAGCCAACUGACCCUGCUAUUUGUGGCUGACUCCAGUUUAAACACAGAAGGAUUCUCUGCCAGUUAUGUCUCCAUCAAUGCAAGCACAGACUGUGGCCUGACCUUCACCUCCCCUACAGGGUCCUUCAGUUCACCUAACUACCCACAAUACUACCCCAAUGCUAGAGACUGCAUCUUCAAGAUAAUUGUGGAGGUCAAUAUGCAGAUUAUGCUGAAUUUCACUGAUUUUGAGCUGGAGGGGUCCCAUCCUACUUGCAAUUUUGACUUUGUGGAGAUCAGGGAUGGUGGCUUUGAGACAUCUCCCUUAAUUGGUAAGUUCUGUGCCAAUCAGAGACCUCCACUUCUGGUGUCCCACAGCAACCGUUUGUGGGUCAGAUUCCGUUCUGAUACCUCAGUCACUUAUCGUGGAUUCAUUGCUCACUGGGAUGGAACACAAACUGGCUGUGGUGGGAUGUUGACAACUGCAUCUGGUGCAUUCUCCUCCCCUAACUACCCACUCCCCUACCACCCAAAUGCUGAGUGCUACUGGAACAUUAGGACCAACCAGGGCAGCAACAUCCUGCUCUCUUUCUCUGAUUUCCACCUGGAGUCCACCUCCACCUGUUCUUAUGAUUAUUUGGCUGUAUAUGAUGGCAACAGCAGCAGUGCUCCACAACUGGCCCAGCUGUGUGGCAGUCAGCUGCCCAGCACCAUCAACUCUUCCAGCAAUGAGCUUUACAUCAAACUCCGCACGGACGGCAGUGUCAACACUGGAGGCUUCCUUGCAUCCUACACCUCUAAAUGCAAUAGCAUUUUCAUCUCAGGCAAACACAGAGGAGGGAUCGAGUCACUGAACUUUCCCAACAACUAUCCAGACAACACCCAGUGCAGCUGGACCAUCCAAGCCAGCAGUGGAAAUACCAUCAACUACACCUUUACGGCCUUCCAGCUGGAGGGCAACUCCAUUAGUUGCACAUUUGAUUACAUCAAGCUCUAUAAUGGACCCAAUGAAGAGGCACCUCUUAUUGGUACAUUCUGUGGAUACACCCCUCCCCCAGCCAACAGCACCACAAGCUCAGCACUCACCAUUGUGUUCAGAACAGACUCAUCUGUAUCACUGCCUGGCUUCCAGAUGAUGUGGUACCAAAACGGUUGUGGUGGGGAUCUUUCUGGCUCCACUGGCUCCCUCAGCAGCCCAGGCUACCCUAACAGAUAUCCAGAUAACAGAGAAUGUAUAUGGUAUAUCACCACAUCAGCUGGCAGCAGUAUUACUCUCACCAUUCAUGAAUUUGAUGUCGAGUUCCACCAAGAUUGCAACUAUGAUGUGUUAGAAGUUUAUGGAGGUCCAGACUUGUCAGCCCCACAGCUGGCUAAGCUGUGCAGCACUACAUCCAACCCAAUGCAGGUCUCCAGCACUGGCAACCUUCUCACUGUACGCUUCAAAUCUGAUGCCUACGUCAGCGGUCGAGGAUUCAAUGCAAGCUGGGCUGAAGUCCAGGGAGGCUGUGGAGGCCCAGUCACAGCUCCUUCAGGGGAAAUCCAUUCUCCUCAGUAUCCCAACAGCUAUCCACACAAUGUGGAUUGUUCCUGGGUCAUCAGUGUGGAUGCCAACCACCGUGUCUUCCUGAACUUUACAGACCUGGACAUUGAAUAUCACAGCAGCUGUGCCUGGGACUAUGUGGCUAUCCAUGAUGGUCCGACUUCAUCUUCUCCUCUGCUUGUCCGUGUGUGUGGCGCCAGUAUUCCUCCCUCCAUCACCUCGACCCAGAACACAAUCUAUGUUCGUUUUAGGUCUGACUCCAGUGGCAGCCACCGUGGUUUCAGUGCUCGCUUCUCUGAGGCUUGUGGUGCAACAAUUAUAACAGAUGAUAAUGGUGGAGCCAUUGCAUCACCAAGGUACCCAGCACAAUACCCACCCAAUCAGAACUGUAGCUGGAUCAUCAGAGCACAAGAACCACUCAACCAUGUGACCCUGUCAUUCACUGACCUUGACUUAGAGAAGCUCAACUCCAAUUGUUCUCAUGAUUUUGUGGAGAUCCUGGAUGGAGACAAUUACCAUUCGCCUUCUAUGGGGCGCUACUGUGGAUCUGAAAUACCUCACCCAGUGACGUCCUUCAGCAACUCUUUGGUUGUCAAUUUCAUCUCCGACCACUCUGUCUCCAGAAAGGGUUUCAGAGCUACCUACUCAGGCUCCACUUCAAGUUGUGGAGGAGAUCUGGUGAUGGAGACUGGCGCAUUUAACAGUCCGAACUAUCCAGAUGCUUAUCCACCUAAUGUGGAGUGUGUGUGGACCAUGAGGAGCUCACCAGGGAACCGUAUCCAGCUCUCCUUUAUUAUGUUUCAGCUCCAAGGUGACUCUGGCUGUCAAAACGACUACCUAGAAAUCAGAGAAGGCAACUCCACUGGGCAUCUGGUUGGUCGCUUCUGUGGAAACUCACUCCCCUCCAACUACACCUCUGUGAUUGGUCAUAUCUUGUGGGUUAAGUUUGUCUCAGAUGCUUCAGUUAGUGGAGCAGGAUUCAGAGCUACCUUCUCACACUUGUAUGGUGUUGAUGUGACUGGGGAGUUUGGUCAGAUAGCUUCCCCACUGUAUCCCAGAACAUACCCCAAUAAUGCUGACUACCGUUGGACUAUAACUGUAGAUGGAGACAGCUACAUCCAGAUCCGCUUCUUGGACAUGGACAUAGAGGAUCUGUAUAACUGCUACUAUGACCACCUGAAAAUAUUUAAUGGCCCCAGUGUUCAUUACUACCCAAUUGGGACAUUCUGUGGUCUGACUCUGCCCCCUCCUAUAAGAAGUUCAGGAAGCGCUGUCACUCUACAGUUCACGUCAGAUUCAGUGGUGGGAGGAAAAGGUUUCCUUGUGGAAUGGGUCGCUGUUCAGGACUCUGGACCACCACCCACUAUCACACCAGGUGCCUGUGGUGGAAUACUGAUGACAGGGGAGACUCCUGGCUUCCUCUAUUCUCCUGGCUGGCCAGAAAACUACCCUCCCAAUCAGGAGUGUACCUGGCUAAUUCAUUCUCCUGAUUCAACUGUAGAAUUUAAUUUCUUGUCUUUUGACAUGGAGGACAGCGCCACCUGCUACUUUGACAGCAUUGUUAUCAGAGAUGGUGCAACCAGCCAAUCCCCUGUGCUAGCCAGUGUGUGUGGCCGGGAUCCUCCAGGUUCUCUCCACUCAGCAGGAGACUCCAUGUACAUCCAUUUCUCCUCAGACAGCAGCGUCAGUGGCCAAGGUUUUAAUGCCUCCUACUCAAAAGGUUGUGGUGGACUCCUGCAUGUUGACAGAGGUGUCCUGAGUAGUCCCAAUUACCCACAGAAUUACUUACCUGGUUUGAAUUGUAGCUGGCAUGUGUUGGUUACACCUGGCUUUAGGAUUUCUGUCACCUUCCAGAGCCCCUUUCAGAUUCAAGGCUAUGGAACUGAAUGCAAUACAGGAGAUUACCUGGAGCUCAGGAAUGGUCCAGAUGGCUCAUCUCCAUUACUGGGAGGCCGACUGUGUGGUUCAAGUCCCCCAUCCCUCCUCCAGACUACUGAUAACCACCUCUUUAUUCACUUUGUAUCUGAUUCCAGUAAUGAGGCCUCUGGCUUUAAGCUGACCUUUGAAGCCCACAGUCAAGCUUGUGGAGGUUUCAUCGAGCUGAAUGAUAAUGAUCCUCCAGGGUACAUUACAUCACCUAACUAUCCACAGAACUACCCUCAGAACAUUGACUGUAUCUGGGUGAUUACUGUGCCCAAUGGAGAAGCUGUCCAAAUUGACUUUGAGGAUCAGUUCUACAUUGAGCCCACAGCCAGCUGUAUAUAUGACUACUUGGAGCUGCGUGAUGGCUCAACAUCCAACAGUGACAUAAUUUCCCGGCUCUGUGGCAACACCAAACCCUCUACCCAACAUUCAGCUGGCUCCUCCAUGUGGCUUAGGUUUCGUACUGACGGCAGUGUCACACACCAAGGAUUCAAAGCAAAGUACUCCAUAGCAACAUGUGGAGGUACCUACAUAGGUCAGAGGGGUAUAAUCCACAGCCCAGGCUUCCCAGGAUCCAACUAUCCUGAUAGCUCGAAUUGUGAGUGGUACCUGGAGGGGCCCACAGGACACUACCUCACUCUUAGCUAUGCCAAUUUCAGCUUGCAGGAUACUCAAGGAUGCUCUGCUGACUAUGUGGAAAUCAGAGAGUACAAUGCCUCAGGCCAGUUACUGGGCCGACACUGUGGCAGUAACCUUCCUGCUUCCAUGGACACAUCUGACAGUUUUGCUUAUGUCCGGUUUGUCAGUGACACCAGUGGAAAUGCAGCUGGCUUCAGGCUGUUCUUUGAGGCGAGCAUUGAAGUCUGUGGAGGUGAGCUGAAUGCUCCUUCAGGAACUAUCUCUUCUCCAAAUUACCCCAACUUGUAUCCACACAGCCGGGUGUGUCGUUGGGAGCUGAUAGUGCCAUCAGGCCGCAAGGUUACCCUCACCAUCAAUGACAUGCGGCUGGAAGGUUCUGGUACAUCCUGCAUAUUUGACUAUGUUGAUGUACUGAAUGGGUUAGCAGUCGAUGCCCCCCACCUGCAACGCUUCUGUGGUACAGUACCACCAGGCACUCAGGUGCGCUCCUCUGGCAACACCAUAGCCGUUGUGUUCCGUACAGAUGCUUCAGUAUCCAAUGGUGGAUUCAUGGCUACUUACUCCUCUGAUGAGCCUGCAGAAUGUGGUGGCAUCCUGAAUAACCCUGCGGGCGGGAACUUCACUUCUCCUGGUUACCUGGUAUCCAACUACAGCAACAACAUCAACUGUGAGUGGCUGAUUCAGAACCCACAGCACAUCAAUUCCUCUAUUGUGGUGUUGAUAGAAGACUUGCACCUGGAGAACCAUCAGACCUGUGAAUCAGACUACCUGCAGUUUCGCUUAGGUGACUCAGACGGGGAACUGCUGGCCAAGUUUUGUGGGCAGACAACCCCAAUACUCCCUAUUGUGGUCUUUACACCAGAGCUCUGGGUCCAUUUCCAGACUGACAACUCUAAUGGAGACUUGGGUUUCAAGGCUAAGUACUUGUUCUCUGAAUGUGGAGGCUGGCAGACAGGUGAGGGUGGGGUGUUAUCUAGUCCUGAUUACCCUAACAUCUAUCCCAGCCCCAGUCGCUGUGCUUGGCUGCUAGAGGCUCCAGUGGGUCAUACUAUUACACUGACCUUUAGCUACUUCAACCUGGAGUCCCACAGCACAUGUGGCUGGGACUCGCUCACUAUCUUCAAUGGAGGGUCCCCAGGUGCUCCCGUUAUUGGACAGUACUGUGGUACCACUUCCCCAGGAACCAUUCAGUCAGGAUCAAACAAACUUGCUGUGGUUUUCCUGGCUGAUCACAGUGUAUCCAGAGGAGGAUUCGUGGCCUCCUGGUCUGCUGAUUCUUCAGGCUGUGGAGGGGUGAUCCAUGCUGAUACAGGAACAAUCAAGUCUCCAAACUAUCCUCAGAACUUCCCAGCCAAUGUGGAGUGUACCUGGAAAAUCAUUGCUCAUGAGGGAAACCACCUUGAGAUGAGCUUCCGCAGUGAUUUUGAAAUUCCAGACAGCACUGGGACCUGUCAAACCAGCUAUAUCAAGGUGUGGUCAGGCCAGACUCAAAUUAAUGAGGCUCUGCUAGCUACAGGCUGUGGCUCUGUGGCCCCAGGGUCUAUAGUUGCUCCAUACAAUGUCAUCACAAGCCGAUUCCAGUCCACUGGAGCCCCUGGCAGAGGUUUCUCAGCGUUCUUCUCCACCAGGUGUGGUGCAAACUUCACAGCUGACAGCGGACGUGUAGUUUCGCCAAAUUAUCCAGCUGACUACCCAGACAGAUCCAACUGCAACUAUACCAUAGAUGCUGGAGAAAAGACUGGGGUCAUCCUCACCUUUCAGACGUUCCAAGUUGAAGCGCAUUCCACCUGUAUUUUCGAUGGUCUGAAGAUCUAUAACCUGGUUGCAAGUGGCAGUCCUAUUGCUACUUUGUGUGGUACUAACGUCCCAGGGACCUUCUCUACCUUUGGCCCCAUGUUGCUUCACUUCUACUCUGACUCUGUGAUCACAGACAGUGGCUUCAUGGCAGAAUACAGAGCUAUUCCAUGUGGUGGUUUCUUCAACAGUACUGCAGGUACAGUGAGCAGUCCGACACUCUCCAUGACCAACUAUCACCACAACAUCAACUGUACCUACCACAUCAGGGUCCAAACAAACAGAGUGAUGGAUCUGAAGUUUAACACCUUCCAUCUCGAGGCAUCUUCUUCCUGUCAGUUUGACUAUGUGGCAGUUCAUGAUGGACAGGACACCUUGGCACCCUUGCUGGGGAAAUUCUGUGGUACAGUGCUCCCACCCAGUCUACGUUCCUCCACCAAUCAGCUGUUCAUUGUCUUCAAGACAGAUGCCACAGUGAAUGGGAUUGGCUGGAGAGCUACUUACAGUGAAACACUUGGUCCAGCACAGGGAUGUGGUGGGUACCUGUCCAUGCCCAUGGGCAUGUUUGGUUCACCAGAUCCAAAUCUAGAUGGCGUCUAUGAGCCAAGAAUGGACUGCCUAUGGACCAUUGAGAUGCCAGUCAACAGUGCAGUCAAUCUGACCUUUAAUUCCUUUGAGCUUGAGACCUCCUCUACCUGCCGCUAUGACUACGUCAAAGUUUAUGAUGGUGACAACAUGAACUUCCCUUUGGUUGGGACAUUUUGUGGAAACUCCAUCCCUGCUUUCUUUAUAUCAAGUGGAAACUUUUUGACUGUUCACUUUGUCACUGAUGGCUCAGUACAGAGGCGAGGCUUCAAUGCUACCUACAGAGCACUGCCAUUAAUUUGUGGAGGGACACUGAACGCCACGACUGCUGUCCAGACCCUGACUUCACCUUUCUUCCCCAAUGAAUAUCCUCCUUAUACCUCCUGUCGAUGGAUCCUGGAUGCUGCAGCCCAAGAAACCAUCAAAGUGUCCAUCCAGACCUUUGUCCUCCAGUCUGGCCAGAGCUGUUCUACAAACUACCUGGAGAUGAAAGACUGGCCUAUGGGGGACUACGGGCAGUCUCACAAGUUCUGUGCAUCAGAUGGUCAUCCACCAGACUUCUACAGUUAUGGCAGAACAAUGCACAUACAGUUCAAAUCUGACACCUUCACGACAGGAAAUGGACUCAGUUUCAAUUUUCAAAUUGCCAACUGUAGCCGAACUUAUGAACAGGAAUUUGGCUACCUGAAGAGUCCAGGCUGGCCUGAUGUGUAUCCCCACAGUAUGGAUUGCGUCAUCAUCCUGAAGGCACCACAGAAUAGCUACAUCUCCUUCUUUUUCAACAAUUUUGAUGUGGAGAGCCACCCCAACUGUGAUUUUGACUAUCUUGAGAUCCGUAACGGCAGUACAGCAGACUCACCACUGAUUGGCCGGUUCUGUGGAAGCACUCUGCCAAGCCCUGUCUUCCCUCAAUCCAACCUACUCUACUUACGCUUCAAAAGUGACUUUUCCUUAGCUCGUGAUGGCUUUGAGGCCACAUGGACAUCCUCCCCUCAUGGUUGUGGUGGCACUCUGUUUGGAGACCACGGCUCAUUCUCAAGUCCCAACUACCCUGGAACCUAUCCCAAUAAUACCCAUUGUGAAUGGGCCAUUGUGGCACCAAGAGGUCGUGUUGUAACCGUUGUCUUUGCCCAGAUCAGUAUUGAUGAUCCUGGAGAUUGUCAGAACAACUUCUUGAAGUUGUAUGAUGGCCCAGAUACGUCUUCACAGCUGGUUGGACCUUAUUGUGGUUUGGAAACCAACAUUGCUCCAUUCACGGCCACCUCUCACCAAGUCUAUGUUGUUUUCCAAGCCCAGGGCUCCACCCUGCCUUCAGGAUUCAGACUCACCUGGACCAGCUGAUAUGAUGCCAUUUUCACUCUCUUUCUCGCGCUCUCUCUCUAGCUAUCUGUCUC